GAGGCCGGCCGCCAUCACGAACAGGUAUUUUUGUUUGCUGUCCAGCCUGCUCGUCCUCGUCUUCAACGAGAAUCCGCCGUGGGGCGGUGAGGACGGGCAGGCCGACUCAGACGAGUGCGACGCGGAGGAAGAUUCCGAGUUCGCCCUGCAUUCAGGCUUCGACUGGGCGGGGUCCGCUGGUGAGGAGGCCAAAGGACUGCCGAGUUCGGUCCUAGAGAUGGUGUGGAAGAAGUGGAAUCGAGCGUACCUGCAGACGGGGGACGACGCGGCGGUGGUUGUCAUGCUGGUGCACCCCGUCCUGGGCAAGGUCGGCACGUGGACGGUGGUCGACCCUGCCAAGCGGGCGCAGCUGCAGGACCUCAGGUCGCAGCGGAUCCACGCGAAGCCCAAGGCCAGGUGGCAGUUGGCCCCUUUCGACGGGCUCACGUCGGAGCAGAAGGAGAAGGCGGAGGCAGUUUCGGUGAAGCUGAUCAGGAGGACUGCUGGAGACUCGUGGUUCUCGAUCCCCACUGGCUUGGCCAAGCCCGAGAAGGAGAAUAUCAAGCACAAUGGGAAGAGGUCCUCCAAGGGCAAGGGGUCGAGCAAGUCGAACUUUGUCUGGUGGCUCGCCCAGACCGUGGUGACGGUCGGCGGGGCCGUGUGGAGGUACAAGUUCGUGGGGACCUUUGGCCUCGGGUGCUUGCUGAUUUACAAGGCGUGGAAGUUCUUCGGGAUAGGCGAACUGGUCGACGACAGCAUGAAUGUCCUGAGGUCGGCCUCUGAGACGGCUGACAGAGUGACGGAUGCCUAUGAUAAUUUCGUUGAGCGCUGGGAAGAGGGAGGCUUUGAUUCGAUGAUCUUGUGGGCUCUUGCCCUGGGGUUCGUCGCUAUGCUUGUUUACUCCCUUGGUGGUUGUGAUAUGAAGAAGAAGAAGCGCUUCAACGGGGACGGUUUCGUCACGGACUCAGACAGCGACGGUUCGGUCGACCUCGGGACGGCCGCCUCCGACACUGAUGACGACGACGGGCUCAUGAGGCACCCAGGUAUGCGGAUGCUUCUUGAGCAGCAGGCGGAGCUGCAGAGUCAAAUCGCGAGGCUCUCGGCCAAGAAGACAAGCGACAGUGGUGACGAGGGGGACACAAAGUUUGCAGCUGCGCAGGAGAAUGAGUCGGUCAGGAGGGGCAUCGACAAGUUGAUGGCCAGGCUGGUGGCGCAGGAGAGGCAGGUCUCGGACGAUCAGGGCGGCUCAGGCGGUGCUGCGCGAGGACAAGUGGUCAACUCACUGGACGGACUGAGUGCGACCGCCGCGAAGAACUUCGUCUCGCAAGGGCAGCCGGGGAAGUCGGUGGACCACUACAUCCAGGAGCUGGAGCAGGAGGCACGUGACCUGCGAGCCGCCAUGCUUACCCAGCUGAAGCAGUGCGAGAAUGCGGGCUGGAGCAUCGGAUGUACAAGUUCGGGACGAGUGCUAAGUUCCACGUUCAAGAAUGUUCGGUGCAAGGAGCUGGAGUCAUGCCACGCGGCUAGCGAGAUGGCGCUGAUGGCGGCUAUCUUGGACAGGAUGCUGAAUGCCGACCAGGACAUGGUCAACAGCCAGGCGGUCGGGGUCAUCUGCAGGCGGCUGUACGGUCUCUUCCGUGCGUUUGAGAAUGUGAAGAAGCAAAGUGACUGGAAGCAGCCACGCGGUGAAGGUGGGAAGCGCUGGGCGAGCAAGGUUCGGUGGGAGCUGUCAGAUGAGUACGACGCGGUCGCGCUGGAGAGCGACGACUGGGCCAUCGCGGAUGCCGACGAAGAGGUUCGCAAGCGCCUGGAGCGGAAGGCUUUGUUCAACAAAUACCUCGACAUGGCUUUUCCCGACGGCGGCAAGGCAAGUGCGGAGCGUCGCCGCUUUUGCUUCGUGCUCUUCAAGUACCUGUUCAAGUUCGCGAUCUUGGUGACGGUCCUGAGUGACCCCUUCUGCGACUUCGGCGUGGGCUCUGCGCGCGAAGACCUGGAGGAGGAGAGCUCCAGUGCGCAGACUGGCUUGACGAUCAGGAGGGUCAACAGGUCGGUGAACGCCACCUCGCACACGCGCCGCGGGGUGCUGGGCGGCGCGAGGGGCGAGACUCCGAGAGGGGCUCGUUCGGCGUGGAGGGGGGCCUCGGCCGCUCAGAGGGAGGUGGCGCGAGACCUCUGGAGUCGCUGGCGGGCCCGAGCGUCGCGGGGAAGUCUCGCCGACGGAGCGCCAGUCUUGAAGCAGCUGACGUCGCGGACCGUCGAAUGGCAUCAGGCGAAGGAGAAGGAGGGAGCGGCCGCGGGGCUGCAGCGUGGCGACAUGUGUCCUAUGAAGGUCAACGAGGUGUCGCUCCCGCCGCCGGGGUCGGCGCCGAUCCCGAUCGAGACCAUGUCGCCGUCGAGUCGCCCGUACCUGAGGGAGCCGAUCAAGACGAUGGUGCUCGGUGACCACGAGGUAGACUGGGCGGCUUACGGCAGGAUCAAGCCGCGCAGCGACCCCAGCCUGAAGCAGAAGCAGGUGAAGCUGGAUCUGCUGGAGAGGCUGGCCGAGUCGGGCAUGCUUGGGAUGUGCGACGAGGUGGUGGAGGAGGUGAAGGUUUUCACGGUCCUGAAGAAGAUCGACGAGAAGACGGGGCAGCGGAGCUCGAGGCUGAUUUGGGACAUGAGGAGGUCCAACAUGAGGUUCAGGAGUCCGCCCUGGGUCGCCAUGGGCUCGGCCGCGGCCCUGCGCGGGGUCGACUUGAGCUCGAGCGUGCGUGGAGACCUGGAGGUGGCCAGCUUCGUCGGGGAUGUGCCGGACUUCUUCUACAAGCUGCUCUUGCCGGAGGGGCUGUGGGGCUACUUCGGCUUCGAGGGCGUGUCUGGGGAGGAGUUGCGGGCGCACCUGCAGAAGCGAGGGCGGCAGGACCUCGUCGAGCAACUUGGAGAUGGAGUUCGAGUUUGCCUGCGGGCGCUGCCCAUGGGCUUCGCGUGGGCGGUGCUCUUCGCCCGCUCCGCCUUGCAGGACGCGAUGGAGGGCGAGGGCGGGCUGAGC